AUGGCUCUGGCGGCUUCACAGCCUCCAUAUUGGCGUUCUACGAAAGCAGACGAGUACAGGGAGCUAAAUUUGCUUGGCAAAGGAGCUUACGGUGUGGUGUAUCAUGUCACGCAUACUCCAACUAUGACUGAGUAUGCGCUGAAGAAAAUAGUGGUAGGAGUCAACGAUGACGGAGUUCCGCAAAGCGUUCUUCGUGAAAUCUCGAGCAUGAUGUCACUUAGACGGCUUCGACACAAGAACAUCACUUUGUUACACGAUGUCUUCCACACUCUUGAGAACAACGGUUGUGAUCUGCACAUAAAUAUGGUGGUAGAGAAAUGCGAUUGGGAUUUGUAUUCGUUCUUGAAAGAUAUUCCCAGGGACAUGCCUGACCACCAGUGCAGACUCAUAGCGAAACAGAUUUUCGAAGGUGUAGACUUCCUGCAUAGCAAUAACAUCGUUCAUCGCGACCUCAAGCCUCAAAACAUACUCAUUAAUCGAGAUCAAACAGUAAAGAUUGCCGAUUUUGGUUUAUCUCGAACUUAUACAACACAGAGCUGCUUUACAACUGUUGUUGUCACGCUGUGGUACAGAAGUCCGGAGUUACUGCUACAAUGCAGUUACAAUACUGCUGUUGAUAUCUGGGCCAUUGGUUGUAUAGUAAGCGAGUUGUACCAAAGAAUUCCUCUCUUCCCUGGUCAAACGGAGGCGCAGCAACUCAGCAUAAUCUUCCAGAAGAUGGGAACACCGAGGUCAUCACUGUGGCCGCAUGAUGCUGUGGUAGAAAGAUCGAAUUACCCAUCGUACCCUUCGCAACCACUUGAAAGACUGAAUCCUCGUUUGCCUCCCGAUGCCAUUCCCGUUAUUAGCGGUUGCCUUACUUUUGCCACCGAGCAUCGUUCCACUGCACGUGAGGCGCUUUCCAUGCCGUUUUUCAAGAAGGAACAUUUAGAAUCUUCGAAGAGAAGAUGUAUUCUAAUACUUAGAGGCUCGGAUUCGUUAAAACUGCUGCAAGGCCUUGUUACAAAUGAUGUCAAAAACGUGCACCCCUCCGUUGGAAUGGCUGCGCUAUUCCUUAAUAACAAAGGGAGGAUAGUGGAUGACGUGAUAAUCUCUCGAGCAGAUGGAGAUGUCUUUGUCGAAUGUACUGCUUCUAACAGAGAAAAUUUGAAGAAGCUGCUGGAAAAAUAUCGUAUGCGUAAAAAUGUGGAAAUAGUUGAUUCUCAAGAAAAUGUGCUCUUCUCCGAGGAGGAAACUCUGCAUUCAAUCCUGGACCCUAGACUUCCUUCAUUUGGGAGGCGUUUGUACAGUAGUGACACAGGACAGGGAUCGUUAGCUGGUUAUCAUGAGAGACGAAUGAUGUAUGGUAUUUCUGAGGGAUGUGAAGAGAUGGAGUCAUUGCUUCCUUUCCAAGCAAACGGCGAUUUCCUAAACAUGAUAUCAUUGGAAAAAGGAUGCUACAUUGGACAAGAACUGACGGCACGAACAGCACAUACAGGGGUUAUUCGUAGGCGCAUUAUUCCUUUCAAAUGUGAAAAACCGGUGAAGGUGAAAGGAGAGGUUAUGCAAGAUGACAAGAAAGUUGGCGAAGUGAUUGCCUGUGGAUCUGCGUACGGCUUGGCUCUCUUAUCAUUGAGUGCUUUCGCGCAAUUGUUAAACGUUGAUGGCUUGCCCAUCAAGCCCUACAAACCUUCAUGGAUGCCUGAAUCAGCGCUAAAGCCGAAGGAGAAGUCAUAA